AUGCCAAUAUCAGACCAUCCCAAGGCAUACGGCUCAGCCGCCCUGACGGCUGCCUUCGCCGUUGGUAUUGCCGUAACCCUAGGCUUCCAAGAUUUUUAUCCUUACUGGGAGCGACGGUACAGUCGACGGAAAAGAGGAGGCGACGUGACAAGCUACGGCGAUGGGUUCAACGAUUCUCAGACCCAGGCGACCCUCUUGGAGAGACAGCACGCCGCCAGAAAGCGCCGGUCUGCACGUCUAUCAAGUAUUGGUGCCGGUCCGGUGCUGCUACAGGACCACGAGUCAGACCCAGGUGACACCCCGGCUCCGUCGCAACCAGACAUCCGCGAUGGCAUCGAGGCCUGCAUUGGCAACACGCCAAUGAUCAAGAUUCGAUCCCUCUCCGAGGCCACGGGCUGCACCAUCCUAGCCAAGGCAGAGUUCCUCAACGGCGCCGGCGGCAGCCCCAAGGACCGCGUGGCUCUCAACAUGAUCCUGACGGCCGAGGAGACCGGGCACCUGGUCCCAGGCCGCGGUGACACCAUCUACGAGGGCACCGUGGGAAGCACAGGCAUCAGCCUGGCAAUGCUGGCGCGCGCCCGCGGCUACCGCUGCCACAUCUGCAUGCCCGACGACGUGGCCCGCGAAAAGUCGGACCUGCUGCUGCACCUGGGCGCCACCGUUGAGCGCGUUCCCGUCGCCCCCAUCACCGACAAGCGCCACUUUGUUAACCUGGCCAGGGCCCGCGCCGAAGCCCACACGGCCGCCGCCGACGAUGAUAGCGUCGGCUUCUUCGCCGGCCAGUUUGAGAACCCCGCCAACUGGCAGGCGCACUGGAACACGACCGGACCCGAGAUUGUCGAGCAGACGGGCGGCCGCGUCGACGCCUUUGUGGCCGGCGCCGGCACCGGCGGCACCAUCGCCGGCGUCGCCGUGUUCCUCAAGGAGGAGGCCCGCAUGCACGCGACCCGCGUGGUGCUGGCGGACCCGCAGGGCAGCGGGCUGUACAACAAAGUGCUCAACGGCGUCAUGUACUCGCCGUCGGAGCGCGAGGGAACGCGGCGGCGGCAGCAGGUCGACUCGGUCGUCGAGGGUAUAGGACUGAAGUGGGUGACGGGCAACUUUGAGCGCGGGAGGGAGCUGGUGGACGACGCGGUGCGCAUCACCGACGAGCAGGCCUGCGCCAUGGCCAGGUGGCUGGUCGAGCACGACGGCAUCUUUGCCGGCAGCAGCAGCGCCGUCAACUGUGCCGCCGCCGUCGUCACGGCCAUGCGCAUGCCCAGGGGUAGCCAGGUCGUCACCAUCCUCUGCGACUCUGGCUCGAGGCACCUCAGCCGCUUCUAUAAGCAGAUUGCCGAUAGGGGGCUCGAGGGCGACGUGCGCAAGGAGGGCGACGAGGGCGGUGCGAAGCCGAGCAGCCCGGAGGAUUUACUCACUUUGCUUGGCUUGAAGCCUCGAGACGAUACACAUCAACUCUGA